GGUUCAUUUGCCUCGCUUCCAGACACAUCCUCGCCGUCGACUCCCAUCCCCACCCCACCUCAGACCUCACCUCUCCUCGCGGCGGCGGCGGCGGCAGCGAGAGCUAGAGCCGUGUUGUUGAAGACGCGGGAUGGCCGGCAUGGGCGAGAUGCCGAUGAGGCCGGCGCGGCCGGGCCCGCCGAUGCAGCACCGGGGACCGCCGCCGAUGGCGCGCCUCCGCCCCGAACCGAUAGACCGCGAGAAGACCUGUCCUCUCCUGCUCAGGGUCUUCACAAGGGUUGCUGGCCAUCACCAAAAUGAAGAGUUUGCGGUGAGAGGGAAGGAGCCAAAAGAUGAAGUUCAGAUUUACACAUGGAAGGAUGCCACGCUCCGUGAGCUCACAGACCUUGUAAAAGAGGUUGCUCUUCCAGCAAGGAAAAGAAAUGCUAGGCUUUCUUUUGCUUUUGUGUACCCAGACAAGAAUGGCCGUUUUGUUGUCAGACAGGUGGGUUCGACCUUUGCAUUUGGUCAUGGAAGAGGGGAUGAUGCUAAAACUCUGGCAGAGCUCGGGUUCCAGAUUGGUGAUUACUUGAGCGUUGCAAUCAUGUAGACAAUGCCCAUGCUGAACUCGACGACUGCACCGAUCCGGAUGCAACUGUUGUGAGUCAAAACCCUGGGGAGCCAAGGGAUGAAUCUGUGUUAGCACUAGGAAUUGGAACCAAAAUUGUCUGUAAUACUGGUACGAUCAAAGUUCACUAAACAUUCUGAACGCUGAAGGUGUAUGGUGUGAUUGCUUGUUAAUAUGGUACUUAUAUC